GACUGACCUGUUGCCCCGCGUUGAAUCGUAAUUUGUAACAAACUUCAUCGUUUGAUUCAAAAUCUCCAGAUUUUUAUUGAUUUAUUAAAUAAAGCACAAUGUCUGCCCAAAAGACUGCUAUCAUUUCUGUCUAUGACAAGAAGGGGCUUCUUGACUUGGCCAAGGGUUUGAUCAAGCAGAAUGUUCGUCUUCUUGCUUCAGGUGGGACCUCUAAAAUGAUUAGAGAGUCUGGUUUCCCAGUCGAAGAUGUUUCCGCAAUCACUCAUGCCCCAGAGAUGUUGGGUGGUAGAGUCAAGACACUCCAUCCAUCAGUUCACGCCGGUAUCCUUGCUCGCGAUCUUGCAUCCGACGAAAAAGAUCUCGCAGAGCAAAAUAUCGACAAAGUUGACUACGUCAUCUGCAAUCUUUACCCUUUCAAGGAGACAAUCAACAAGAUUAAUGUUACAAUCCCUGAGGCUGUCGAGGAUAUUGAUAUUGGAGGAGUUACUUUGAUCAGAGCUGCUGCCAAAAACCACACUCGCGUCACAAUCUUGACCGACCCAGGAGAUUAUCCAGAAUUCUUGGAAGAACUUGAGAAGGGUGAUGUCACAGAGCGCAGCAGAAAGUUGUAUGCAUUGAAGGCAUUUGAACAUACUGCAGAUUAUGACGCUUCCAUCUCGGAUUAUUUCCGUAAGCAAUAUGCUGGAGAGGGUGUACAACAACUUGCUUUGAGAUAUGGUGCCAACCCACACCAAAAGCCUGCUCAAGCUUAUGUCAGUGAGGGGCCCAUGCCAUUCAAGGUUCUUUGUGGCUCUCCAGGAUAUGUCAAUCUUCUAGAUGCUCUUAAUGCAUGGCCUUUAGUCAAGGAGCUCAAGGCCGCCCUUGGUCACCCAGCAGCGGCCAGUUUCAAGCACGUCUCACCUGCAGGCGCUGCUAUCGGUGUUCCUCUCACAGCUGAUGAGCGCAAAGUCUACAUGGUCGAUGACAUUGCUGGCUUAGAGAACUCUCCUUUGGCUCAGGCAUACGCACGUGCCAGAGGUGCAGACCGAAUGAGCAGUUUCGGAGAUAUGAUUGCAUUGAGUGAUAUCGUUGACGUUCCAACUGCCAAGAUUAUUUCAAGAGAAGUUUCGGAUGGUGUUAUUGCUCCAGGCUUCGAGGAUGCUGCCCUUGAAAUUCUGAGAAAAAAGAAGGGUGGUAAGUACCUUGUCCUCCAAAUGGACCCCGACUUCACCCCACCUACUCAAGAGACAAGAACCGUUUAUGGUAUCAAUUUGAGCCAACGCCGCAACGAUAUCGUCAUUUCACCCAAGUCAUUCUCUUCUAUCAUCACACCAAAAGAAUCCGCCCCUCUUUCCGACUCAGCUGUCCGAGACUUGACAGUGGCUACUAUCGCAUUGAAAUACACACAAAGUAACUCUGUUUGCUACGCUCUAAAUGGUCAAGUUAUUGGCUUGGGAGCUGGUCAACAAUCUCGCAUUCAUUGCACCAGACUUGCCGGAGAUAAGGCCGACAACUGGUGGUUGAGGUUUCACCCACGUGUUUUGGGUAUCAAGUUCAAGACUGGUACCAAGCGCCCUGACAAGAGCAAUGCAAUUGAUCUCCUCGUCAGUGGGGAAUUGCCAAAAUCUGGUCCAGAGCGUGAAGGAUAUGAAGGGUUCUUUGAUGAGGUUCCUGCCGAGUUCACUGAACAGGAGAGAGAAGAAUGGAUGUCGAAACUCACUCAAGUUGCAGUUUCCAGUGAUGCAUUUUUCCCAUUCAUCGACAAUGUCUACCGUGCUGCAAGAUCAGGUGUUAAGUACAUCGCUGCACCAAGUGGCAGUCAAAAUGAUUCAUAUGUCUUUGAAACUGCUGAAAAGCUUGACAUCACAUUUGUCGAGCAAAGCAUUCGUUUGUUCCACCACUAAACUGCCUAUUCCGUAAGGUUCGGGAUAGAGAGCGGACAUUGCAAGGUUGGAAACCUUGCUUCAACCCAUUUGAGGGGAAAAUUAGAGAUACCCUACCAUAGAAACGACCCACAGGGCGUAACGUGAUAUGAAAAUUCAACAUUUAUGACAAUUUUUUCAAUUGAGCUACCUUCCACAAUUUCUUCUUUGCUACCAUUAUCUAUGGAGUAUCUAUAUGUAGUAUAAUCCACGUGCAUAAUCAGAGUAAGACAAACUCAUCGAAUUCUUGCGACUUCCUGAAACGUUGGAUUGGGCAGGAAAUGAUACGACCGUUUUUGCCGACCCAUUGGCCCAGACAUGCAGCCAUGACUUUCAACUGGAAACAUGAAUCUGCAACAUGCAAUGGACUUUUUUUUAGAACAUUAUUAUAUCAUCUGAGGUAUGGCAAUGCUGAAAAGGCGUUUGUAGAUCGUAGGUGUCGCUUUUGACUGGUGCGUUCAACACCACCUGAGAGGGUAGAUGAUGGGCGAACAGAGUCAGCACUAGAAUUGCAGCAUCUCUUGUGCAGCAGCCAGUGUGAGGCAUGUUCGUACGGGUAACUGCUUACCCAGCAUUCAACUCAGAUGGGUUACGGACUUUGGGGGAAGAGCCUAUUCAUGCUUAUGAUAUAUUUUAUUGCCAUCAUUAUUGUUGUUAUCGUUACAUCUAGAUUUCUAAUGGAGCGGGUGAGCGGGAAGGCGUCUGGAUUGUGGUUUGUCUCCGGUCUUUUUAAAAUAGAAACGAGGGAAAUAUGUUGGAAUUGAUUGCAUGGAUUGAAUGAAAAAUUUCUCUCGACAAAAUGAUUUGAAUUGAUAAUUUGAUUUAAUCAAUUUUCUAUUGUUUUGCGGCCAGUAAUACUAAUA